GGUGGGGGGGGGCAGGAGGUGUUUGGCGCCUGCGCAGUGGCUUCCUGCUCCUGCAGGGCUUGAAGACAUGUCAGGCCCUAACGGGGAUGUGCAGCUGCCCGGGGAGGUGGAGGACGGACACCCCCACGACGACCACUUCGGGGAAGCAGAAUAUGCCGCCAUCAACUCCAUGCUGGACCAGAUAAACACGUGCCUAGAUCACCUGGAGGAGAAGAAUGACCAUCUCCACGCCCAGCUCAAGGAGCUGCUCGAGUCCAACCGCCAGACCCGCCUGGAGUUCCAGCAGCAGCUCAGCGGCCUCCCUCUCCCCCCGCCCCCCACCGAACCCACCUUCUAGGCUCUCAGCCAAUUCAGGAAACACCCGCCCAAGGCAAGCCGAUGGCGGUUUCGGCGCAGUUAAUUGAGCCACCUUUCUCCCUCCUCCCUGCCGGGACCCAAAACCGGCCUGGGAGCAGCCUCGGGGACCAGCCCGUGAAGACCAGCCCAGUGGUCGGCCUCCUCCCUUCGUCCUCUCCUCACUGACUGGGUUUGUCCCAGGAGCCUCGAGUCGCAGGAUGGGGGACCCGGGGGCACCAAAGGUGAAGGAAUGGAUUUCUGUCUCCCAGACUUCCCGCGACCCAGGACAGCAGGGACUCCCGUGGUGGAGGAAAGGGAGCUGAGGUCAUUAAAGCAGCUUCUGCCCCCUGA